AUGACGGAAGAAAAUAUGCCUUGCGCGUACUACGGAGUUUAUCUCUUCAACAUAACAAAUAGAGAAGCGUUUCUCUCAGGAGCGGACGCCAAGUUAAAGGUGGAAGAAGUGGGGCCCUUUACUUACCAAGAAUUCCGCACCAAUUCCAAUUUUGAGCUGGACGAGGAAAAGGGUGUGUUGCGGUAUUCUCCGAAGCUGACAGCCAAAUUCUUGCCAGAAAAAUCUAUAGGCGACCCACGCCACGUGCAAGUGCAAGUAAUCAACAUCGGUUUUUUGGCAACGGCUUCGACGCUAUCAGCGUAUCCCUUCAUCACUAAGCUGGGGUUCAACUUGCUGGCCCAUAAGCUGCGCUCCACGAGCAUAGUGUCUACCUCCGUGCAAGACUUUCUUUGGGGGCAGUACGACCCCAUAAUUGAGCUUGCCCACACCCUGAUUCCGGGCAAAAUAAACUUCUCUACAAUGGGCAUCUUGGAUCGGAUAUACAGCGGCGACAAAGACAGCGUAUACGAACUAGGAAUAUCGGGAAAGGAAAAGUUUCUAAUCAAAAGCUUCAACGGCGCCAAAAGUCUACCUCACCUGGGAUAUCAAGCAGAAACACUAAGCCGAUGUAACUCUUUCGAAGACGCCUUCGAGGGACUCUCCUACCCUACAGAUUUGACAAAAGAAACCCGUUUGAGAAUCUUCCGUAAAUCCUUCUGCCGCACGCUAGAGCUCCAGUAUCAGGCUACCAGGACGGUGGACUACGGCAUCGAAGCCUUCGUUUACAGUUUAAAACAAGAUACUUUCGCCAACAAGUCGGAGACCAAUUAUGCAAAUUCAGGACUAUCCAACGCUCACUUCUUGGACAGCAAUCCAAAAAUCGCAGAACGCGUAGAUGGUUUAAAUCCUAAUAAGAAAGAACACGGCAGCGAAUUUAUUAUAGAUCCGAAACUGGGCAUUCCACUAUCGACUAAGUUCACCCUCCAAGGCAACUUGGUGGUUGACGACGUGACCUUCAACCCUGCCUCUAAGCCUUUCGCCAAUAUGGUCGUGCCAGUGAUCUAUUUUAAAAUUAAGCAACCCAAACACUCGGAUGGCAUCAACCUUGGCCUCUGGGCGGUCUACGUCGUGGGUCCGUACUUAAGGCGUUCCACAGUCGUCAUCUUGUUUCUGGCAUCGUUCUACCUGCUGAUAAAAGCCGUCAGACUUUAUUAUGCUUCGCUGAUUACCGUCAAUAUGGACUUUCUCGUUACAAGAGUCCAGCUAUUAAAAGAUGGACAGAGCGUGGAUAAAAAUAAUAUCAAUCUGACAACGGGAAGCGAACGCUCGUGUCAAUGUGGGUAUUGGGACGCGGCUGGGGACGCUCAUAGUAUCGAAGUGAAAAUGAAACCCAGAAAAGAAGAGUGUCUUGAAGGCGAAAGGUGGCAAACCGGUAAACGUAUAAUAUACACAUUAGUUGGCUUGUUCCUCAUUAUCAUUGUUGUGAUUUCGCUGGCCAUCGAUCCUAUAACCUUACUGGCGAUAUAUAAAACAAGAAUCGCAGCGGGAUCAUUGUACCACGAAGUUCUUCAAAGACCGGAACUCGCUGGCGCCCACGUGGAGACGUACGUGUUCAAUAUCACUAACGCGGACGAGUUCACGUCAGGAAUUGAUUCCAAGCUGAAAGUCCAAGAAGUCGGACCAUUUACGUACCAAGAGUUCAGAACUAACGCAGACUACGAAUUGGACGAAGCGCACGGUGUUAUGAGGUACUCGCCCAAGAUCAUUACAAGGUUCAUUCCGGAAAAGUCAAUAGCAGAUCCGAAGGAUGUAAACCUCACUGUACCUAACAUUGCUAUGUUGGCUGUAUCAUCAAUGGUAUCCAAAUCGUCUUAUAUCACUCGCGUUGGCUUCAACAUGCUCUCGAAACAGCUGCAUUCGAAGCCAAUUUUAAACAUAGACGCUGAGAAAUUCCUUUGGGGAUUUGAAGAGCCUCUUAUUAAAUUUGGGCAUAACCUCAUGCCUGGUGUCAUCACAUUCGACAAAAUGGGAAUCUUGGACAGACUUUAUGAUGUUGGUGACUUUAGAUUUGAAGUGGGUUCCACGACAAAAGAUAAAUUCAGAAUAAAAACAUACAAUGGAGAUGGCGGGCUCGCAAACCUGGGCUUUAAGACGAACCCAUCUCGCUGCAACACAUUCGAGGACACCUACGAAGGUAUCGUGUACCCCCCAGAUUUAGGAGGGGACGACCCUCCGGUCCUCCGGCUAUAUCGAAACGUUUUCUGCCGCAUUAUGGAUCUGGAGUACCAAGGUACCAAGACCAUGGACUAUGGGCCUGAAGCCCUCCACUACGCUUUUGGAAGAGACGUCUUCUCGAAUAACUCGAACAACGCGUGUCUUUGCAAAGAUGACGACUGCGUCAACGGUGUUUCCGAUUUGUCACCUUGCUUCUUUGGUCUGAAGUUUAUGUUGUCGAAUGCGCACUUUUUAAAUGCCGACCCAGUCAUUUACGAGCGUAUUGAGGGCUUGGAGCCGUCGGAAGAACUCCACGGAAGUGAAUUUCUCAUAGAUCCGAAACUCGGUGCGGUGUUGGCCACCCGAUUCACUUUACAAUUGAGUGUGGCCGUGUCAGACGUCAGUUUCAAUGGAGCGACCGAACCCUUCUCCGAAAUGAUAGUUCCGGCUGCUUAUUUUAAAAUCGUACUACCCGACUUACGUGAAAAACAGAAACACGACAUUUGGUUGUUAUACGUCGUCCUACCCUACGUCCUUCACUCGGUGGAAAUCAUUCUCAUUCUGGUAGGAUUGGUUUUGCUUCUCCUCGCCAUCAAGACUUACUUGCCCAUUUAUACCCAUAGGGAGAAGAACGGCGUCGUCAUCAAUGAAAACCCGCAAGCCGAGCCCUUGUUCGAUAGCCAAAAAAUCAACCUAAAAGAUUUAUACUUAGAUAAUGAAACGAAUCGUAAAUAG